ACACCACCACCUCCGAGUCAUGGUACAGGCUCCAUGAGGCGUACUUUUCCCUAGUGGAUUUCCACAAAAGUGAUCUCCAUUCUAACGUAUCAAUCUUCGUACCUUUUCUUUUUUUUCUGUGGCGAUUCUGUCACCGUGAAGGGUCGCAGUGCUUCAAACCUCGUGCCCAGCUCAUCCAGCCAGACCAGUAUCGGUUCGCUCAAGAUUCCCCUUCACAAUAACGCGUGUGACAUGGAAGAAUCUGGCAUUCCUUCUGCGUCACUCAACAUGGGUUAUUUGAUCUGGGUUGAUGCAUCUAUUCUGGCGACCGUGGAAUGACCCGGAUGUACGGGGAUUAUUGGAUUACUCCGCUAGACAUGCCUCGGCUUAACUUGAACACACUCACGGCAGGCUUUCGGAAAUUUUGAUGUGUUGCUGCUUUCAUGAAAGAGCAGGAAUGCCACUAGUUCCUCGGCUCUAUAUUUGACGACUUUCUCCUCUUCGCCCAGCACGAUCUCCAGACAAUUCCAGAUUGCGACACUAUGGUACUUACAGGAAGGUUUCUUGAGCUUCCUCCUCCCGCAGAUACAGCGCUGUGAAGGCCUAGGCCUGGGAGAUCUUUCUUCAACCCAUCAAUACAGCUUCCCCUGGCCCAUUAGCCCAGCCCCAUCGGUGGUCUCUGUUGUCUUCAGAUGAUCGUGUUUAUACAUCUAGCUGCUGUAAAGGCAUUGACUAUCACUUUUUCUGCCGUGGAUGACGUACGAUUACUAUCAGCAUCUCCCAGAAACAUUAACGACGUCCCCGAGCUGGCCUCAUCCCUUGUCACCCGGCAGAGGCCAAUCUGAGAACGGAAACUGUCGACAAUGAUGCAGCAUGUUACCCGAGAUAAGCCCCUACUUUUACAAUGGCGACAUCGGAAGUGAACACCGAGGCCGAAGCAACUGUACCGCAUGAGCACCGUGCUGAGUUUGGCCUGGUUGUGGCACCUUUGGGCCUGGGCGACGGUCAUUGUGACUUUAUGCAGAACGUAGAUAGAUGCAGAUCCCUGGGGAUGAAACCCAUGAUCUUUUCAUUCAGAAGCCACACAAGGCACAGAGAGUGAAGCCGAGAAGCUGAUCGUUGGGGACGAGUUUAUGCAAGACCUACGAGAUACUCUCCACACAGCGAUGCGAGUCACGUCCUGGUUUUCGCUACUGGAAACCAAUCGGGCAAAAGCUGCUCCAGAGGAGAACAAAGAACAACAACUGGCUAUUGCUGAGCUCCAACCAGUCUCGCAGAUUUACCCUGGUGGAUGCAUAUUACGACUGUCUCGUCGUCGAAUCGUGCCGUAGAGCCUCACAGGUUGACCGCCCACCGCCAACAUUUACCGCACCAGUUUAUGGAGGGUUAUGCGACGGCUUUGCACAAGUCAAUCAUAUCCUCCGAAACCCAGUAGACUUUCAGAUUCUGUCCAUCAGAGGGACAUUUAAGUCCAAGUAAAGGGGCACCGGAAAAACAGUUCCUCCGCCGCUCUCCCCAGUCCGAAAGACUUCCGCCUGAGAACGCGGUCACGAUCCAGGUGCGGCUCCACUUACUUCGCUUCCCUCGACAUCUAGCGGAUCCCUCCUUCAUUGCUGGAACAUCUAUCCUUGUAUCUACCUUGCUCGGCAUCUGGUGAUGCCGUUAGCGCAGAUAUAAUGGCAGGGUCCCGUAGGAGUCCGGUGCUGAGAGACCCGAGGACCGGCGAUCCAGACCGUGAUCCCCGGGACAGGGACCGUCGCAGAGGUCGAGGAUCCAAUCGAGAUCGGGGCAGAAGUCGCUAUCGUGAUCGAGGUGGCCGCCAGUCGCGACCAAAUGACCGCCAUUUUGACUAUCCCAAUCGAUCGCCACCAUCACGCGCCUCCCGCUUCGGCCCUGACCCAUCUCGUACUCCGAAUGACUUUCCUCUGGAUCGAUCUCCUCCGCGUGGUUCUCCCGGUCCUGAUCCAGCAUUUCGUGACACUCGACGGUCGGACCAUGACCAUCCGCGACCUCCAUCAUCUAGUGACAUGAGGCACGCGCAUACAUCUGCGCCCAUCGGGAACGAUACUCAGGGCUUCCGGCGCGACGAUUCACCAUUUGGGCCACCCUCUAAACGCAAAAGAACUCGCAGUCCCUCUCCUCGCGGUCAGCGCCCUCAAUUUUCCCAGCGACGUUCAUCGUUUGCCAAGAACGGGGACAGACGCGACCGAAGCCCCCAACCUAAUAGCCGAGCCCGCUUCCCAGGGCGUGGUGCCCCUAGAGGCCCAAGAGGGCGCUCUCCUCAUCGGGGUCGGGAUCGCAGAGGUAAAGACCGGCGUCGCCACGAUAUUCCACGCUCAGGUCGUUCGAGAUCGCCCCUUCGGGACAGGGAACUUCGUCUUUCCCCUGACCGACGGCCUCGAUCACCAACCGACGACUAUAGCGACAAAGAUUCUCGAUACCGGUCUCGUUCCCUAUCACGGCAUUCUGUACGAUCGGCGGCAUCGAAAGUAUCCGCGUAUUCCUCCCAUUCCAGAGGUGUCGAUGGCAUGCACUCGACGAGACCUAUCAAAGGCGCUGGAGACGACUAUGGUCGUUCACCUUCGCCUUAUCGCCGAGACUUGAGCCCUAAUGGCAGCAACAAAGUUAUAUCCAGUAAGACCCGAGCCAACUUGCGAGACGCUUUCCCAAUGCUCGACAUGCGUGCAUCCGAUGUCCACAACAAGCAGCAGCGCCGGCCAUCACGGCCACAUCUAGAGACCGGCUCCUAUUCGACUUCACCACAUCUGAAAACACCAACGAGGUCUCCACGGGGAUCUCCUCAACCAGAGUCUCCUUAUGGGGAACGAGGUAGCUGGAAGGGCCCGCCGUCACAUUCGGGGUCUGGCCACUCUCCAAAUCAUCGACACGAUGGACACUAUUCACAGAGUGCCGUUUCUGGGCAGCGCUAUCAAAGUCACCAUGAUCCUUUCAACGGCUCCUCUGAGCAUCAGCCGCAAUCCUCCCAUGGCGGUCCACCUCGCCGAGGCGGAUCUUCCGACCACCCGGGACAUCAGGCUAGUCGUGGAUUGGACCGCCGAUAUUCCGGUUCUGGUCCUAGCGGCCCUGCGAACCGUGGCGGACAUGGCCAUUUCAAUAGUUCACAAUGGACUGCCUCUGGAUCUCAUGGUCGUGGCGGCCCGUCUAGCCCCCGUGUAGCACAUACGCACGGCUCACCAACCGCUCCCGCUCGGCCGCUGUCAGAAAUUGGCCCGCAGUCUCAUCGUGCGGUUGGGCCCGAGAACCAAUUUGAGUCUGGGGGCAGGGCCUUCCAAAGAGACGAUGAUCGAGCUCCGCAUGCAUCGGCAGAGUCCAACCAGCAGAGUAUGCCUCCUCCUGAGCCGCAGGUUUCGACGCCAGCAGACAAGGGUGGAAAAUUCAGCUUUACCUUCAAAGCAAAGACUACGCCUAACCCUGCUCCAAAACCUGUCCCGGAUCUUGCGCAACGAAUGCAAGUACGUGGGCCACCUCCUCGCGCGCCUCCAGCUGAUCCGCCAACUCCUCGCAAUCGACUCACCAAUGGCCCAAUGCCCACGUACCCCAACAAGCCUAAUCCUCGAUUUGAUCGUCGGGAUCGGGGCCGGGAUCGGGGUCGCGACCGAGGUCGCGAUCCGCGAGAUCGCCGGGAUUUCCGGGAUCAGCGAGAAUCGCGAGACUACCAUGGUGAUUCCCGGGAUCGAAGAGACGACCGCCGGCAUGAAAAUCGUCGGGACCGACGAAAACAUGAUCGUCACUCCGAUGUGCGGGACGAUCAUCGCAAGGAACCGUCUUCCGAGCCUCCGCGAAAUGUGCCCGUGCCGCCAAAGCAGAGGAAGAUUCUUACUCGUGUGAAACCACGGCCGAUAUUCCCGGAGGAGUUUGCAAAUGCCGAUUCCGUGUACUACCGGAAGCCGGGUAACGAGUCUGUUAUCGGCGCUGGUACAUACGGCAAGGUCUUCAAAGGCAUUCAUGUUUACACCCAACGCAAGGUUGCGCUCAAGAAGAUUCGAAUGGAAGGCGAAAAAGAUGGCUUCCCCGUGACAGCCGUGCGAGAGAUCAAAUUGCUUCAGCACCUCCGCAACCACAACGUGGUCAGCCUGCUGGAGGUGAUGGUGGAGAGAAAUGAGUGCUUUAUGGUCUUUGAAUAUCUCUCGCAUGACCUCACAGGCCUGAUUAAUCACCCUACGUUUUCUCUCACUCUCCCACACAAGAAAGAUUUGGCCAAGCAGAUGUUUGAAGGACUAAGCUACCUCCACCACCGUGGCGUCCUUCACCGAGAUAUAAAGGCUGCCAAUAUUCUGAUCAGCAACACCGGCCUGCUGAAAUACGCAGACUUUGGUCUGGCGCGUUUCUUUUCGAAGAGCCGUCAGCUUGACUAUACCAACCGAGUAAUUACCAUCUGGUACCGGCCCCCGGAGCUUCUUCUGGGUGAGACUCGGUACGGCCCCAGCGUUGACGUAUGGAGUGCGGCAUGCGUGUGCAUGGAGAUGUUUACCAAGAAGGCCGUCUUCCCCGGCGAGGGCAGCGAACUCAGUCAGCUUGACAAGAUUUACAACUCUCUGGGUACUCCGACACGAGCUGAAUGGCCAGACGUUGUAGAAAUGCCGUGGUUCCAGCUGAUGCGACCCGCCGAGCGCAAGAAGCGCGUCUUCGAGGACCACUACCGCGACAUACUCACCUCAGCUGCGCUGGAUAUGAUCACGCAAGUCUUCCAGUACGACCCCAGCAAGCGACCGAGCGCCGACGAGGUGCUGCAGCAUCCAUUCUUCGUGUCGGAGGAGCCCGCCCCUCAGCAAGCUAUCGAAUUGGAGCACGUUGAAGGGGACUGGCACGAGUUUGAGUCCAAGGCUCUGCGUAAAGAGGCCAAGCGAGCCGAGCAGCAGAGCCAAAGGGACCGGGAGAAGCGCAAGGCCGAGGUAUCCGUUCCAACAAGCGAUCGGGACGCUAAGAGGGUUCGCCCUGAAGGCGCUCACCAGACAUCUGGUCCUGUAUGAGUGGAAAUUGACGCAGCUACGAGCGUGAUCUAUUCAUUUCCGGCAUCGAGUGUUAUUGUACGGCAUGGGGCAUAGCUGGAGGACCGGCUUGCAUUUGCGUCUCGAUGUUUUUCUUCCACGAGACUUGAUUUUCAGGGGGAUAUCCUGGGCUUAUUUUUGUGACAUAUUGCUCACGAGCAUUAAAACUUCUUGUUCAAUAUUCAAUUGGUUCUUUG